GGUGGGAGAGAACAGGGAAAGAAGAAGACGUGAUUACAGAGCAGCAGCUCACAAAAGCCAAACUCUUCUCUAACACUAAUUCUCUCUCUCUCUCUCUCUCGUAGAAAUUAAGAAAAUAAAAGAAAAAAGAAAAAAAGAGGGAAGAAAAAUUGAAAUGAAAUUGAGGCACCGAAGGCAUUGAACUAUUGAAGUGAAGAGCAUCUGCUUUUCGAUCAUCGCGAAUAUUUCACUUUUUUUUUUUGUUUCCUUUCUCUUGUUCGACCAGGUGUCCUUGCCUUUCUUGCUCCAUAUUGUGGGAGGUUGAAGCCCUGUUCAGAACUAGGGCUUUCGAUUCAGCUGCUGCCAAUUUAGCUGCGAGUACCUCGGGGCUAGAAGAAAAGGUAAGAAUUCUGUAAUGGGAAAGCAUUCGAAGACCAGUUGCAAGUCGGCUUCCCACAAGCUCUUUAAGGAUAAGGCAAAGAACCGAGUCGAUGAUCUGCAAAGCAUAUUUGUAGAUUUGCAAUAUGCAAGGAAAGAGAGCCGCACAGUUGAUGUGGCAGUUCUUGAGGAACAAGUCCAUCAGAUGCUUCGUGAGUGGAAAGCCGAGCUGAACGAGCCCUCUCCAGCUUCCUCUUUGCAACAAGUUAGCAUUGGUGGAAGUCUUGGGUCAUUUUCAUCAGACAUUUGUCGAUUGUUACAACUUUGUGAGGAGGAUGAUGAUGCAUCUAGUCCAUUAGCUGCUCCUAAGCCUGAGCCUAAUGAACAAAAUCUGCAGGUUGGAGAUACUACGGCACUUCAAGAGGGAUUUCACAUGAAUCGUGUACACCAAGAACCAAGCUUCUCUCUAGUCGAUCAAUGCAAGAACUCCCCUUCAGGAGUUCAUGGUAUGGCUAUGAAUAACUUGGAAGGACCUACACAUCUGGAGUGUCAUCAGUUUGAUUUACAUCAAGGAAUUGAGCACAACUUUUACUCUUUCCUUAAUGGUAGAGGUUUGUGUGGUGAGGGUGCAAUUUCUCAUGUUUCUAGCUACUGUCCUAGCAUAUGCCCUCCCCCUGCUGCUUUCUUAGGCCCAAAAUGUGCACUUUGGGAUUGCCCACGACCUGCCCAAGGGUUGGAUUGGUGUGAGGACUACUGUAGUAGUUUUCAUGCUGCCUUGGCCUUGAAUGAAGGCCCUCCUGGAAUGGGUCCAGUUUUACGACCUGGUGGUAUUGGUCUGAAGGAUGGUUUGCUUUUUGCUGCUCUUAGUGCAAAGUCACAAGGAAAAGAUGUUGGCAUCCCUGAAUGUGAGGGAGCUGCCACUGCAAAAUCCCCCUGGAAUGCUCCUGAGCUUUUUGAUCUGUCAAUAUUGGAGGGUGAGAUGAUUCGGGAGUGGCUUUUCUUUGAUAAACCUCGCCGAGCAUUUGAAAGUGGGAAUAGGAAGCAGAGAUCAUUGCCUGAUUACAGUGGACGUGGUUGGCACGAGUCAAGAAAGCAAGUGAUGAAUGAGUUUGGAGGGCUCAAGAGAUCUUAUUACAUGGAUCCUCAGCCAUUGAACCACUUUGAGUGGCAUCUUUAUGAAUAUGAAAUUAACAAGUAUGAUGCCUGUGCUUUGUAUAGAUUGGAGCUGAAACUUGUCGAUGGGAAAAAAAGUUCUAAGGCAAAGGUAACAAAUGAUUCAGUUGCUGAUUUACAGAGGCAGAUGGGGAGACUAACUGCAGAGUUUCCUGAUAAUAAACGCUAUGUGAAGGGGAGGACCAAAAUUAAUACUAGAGUUGGUGUUGGAAAUAUGUACCCCGCAGUAAAUAGAGCCCUGCCACCAAAUGGAACGUAUGACUAUAUGCUUCAUGCACAAUAUGAUUACCUGGUGGAGAAUUUGAGUGAAUAUUACCUGACAUAGUUAAGAUGUCAGGCGUCGAAUGAAUUGCAUGCUCUGAUGGUUUCAUCAAAAUAUGAUGGAAUCGAGUGUUUGGUUCAUUCUUCCAGAAUUUGGUUUUUAUUUUUGGCCUCAAGUAACAUAAAUAACUAAUUUUUUUCCCUUUUCUAUCAUGGUAUACUAUCUGAUACUCAUCUCAUGGGAGCUGCAGCGGAUACAUCCUUUACGAUGGAGCUUCUAACUUCAGGAAAACGGUAAAGUUGAUUGUUUCCUUAAUAUUUUGGGUUAACAACUUGCAGUUGGUAUAUUCUGGAAGGAGGUUGGUCACUGUAACUGAGCAGAGACAAUACAAACUAGUGAUGUAUGGUGUUACGAACUCGAAUAAUGGUUUAGGUCGCAUACGGGUUUCUCAAAAUGUAAUCUGCCUACAUUAUGUUAUGUUAUGUAUGCGGAUAAUACUAGUUUUUACUUUAUUUGGUGUCAAUUGUCAACAUACACAUCUUGAGUAAUCUUUUCAGUCAUCUCUCAAGAUAUUGAAAUGUAUAUUGCUCGAAGGUUUCAACCUUGUUAACCAUUAUCCAAAAUGUAGAUUUGCUGAA